CGCACACCGUAUGCUUGUCAUGCAUCUUGCGCGGCAGCAAAAGCAGGAUAUGGAAAUUUUCGGAAAUAAGCUGCUUUUUGCUCUGAUGAACCGUGCAAAACAAGUGGACGGGCUGUAUGUGUGAUUAAAAAAUUCCAAAACCAAAUUUGGGAGCGAAAAGGGCCUGAUCGAGCCAUGCCAAAAACCCAUAAUUUGAUAGAUCACGUCUUUUCAACGAUUGUUCGCGGUUCCAGAUGGCCAGAAAAAUCCGAUAAAUCGGGAAAAGCAUGUUUUGACAGUUUUUGGAAUUUUUUGGCCGUGAUCUAUCAUCUUUUUGUCAGUUUUUGACUAUAGAUCAGCCUAUAUUUCUCAAAAUUGGCGCUUUAAAAAUUAUUGCUAGCGUGGAAAAUAUUAAAAGAGCAUCCCGCAACACAACUGAUCACCUUUGAACCCAUCUGCAGUGGUACAACAAUUAAUAACGGCAAUUUGCAAAUUGUUCGGGCAGAGGCGCCCGCACACCGUAUGCUUGUCAUGCAUCUUGCGCGGCAGCAAAAGCAGAAUAUGGAAAUUUUCGGAAAUAAGCUGCUUUUUGCUCUGAUGAACCGUGCAAAACAAGUGGACGGGCUGUAUGUGUGAUUAAAAAAUUCCAAAACCAAAUUUGGGAACGAAAAGGGCCUGAUCGAGCCAUGCCAAAAACCCAUAAUUUGAUAGAUCACGUCUUUUCAACGAUUGUUCGCGGUUCCAGAUUGCUAGAAAAAUCUGAUAAAUCGCUAGCAGCCUGUAGGAUACUUAUUAGUAAAAAUUUUAAAUAUGUUGGGUGAAAUUUAAGUAUUUCAUCAAAAAUCAAAUUUUUGCAUCUGUUAAAAGCGCGCCAAUUUUUGUUUGAUUUGUUAUGGCGCGUACCGCAUGUGUUCAAGUGUUUUGUUGUUAUUGUUUAUUGUUGAUGCUGCAGCCCGAAGAAAAUGAAGCCUCUUGGCACAUUCUGGAAGUAUGGUGCAGGUGAAGUUUGUCAAUAUAUUAUUUAGCAGACGGUAAUUAUUGCCCAACAUUAGUGAAAAAAUUAUUAAUGCAAAAUUUUAACUCGCAUUCACAAUUAUUUUUAAACACCAAAAGUUGUCCCGCCAAAUUCAGCCGACGCGCGAAAUUGAUAUUGGCGCCAACACCACCACACACCGCUCGCAGCACUCACUCAACAGCUCAACACACACUUUUGCUUGUUACGCUAUACGCUCAUCCAGCAAAAACCUCUAUACUAGCUGCGCAUAAAUUGUGACCUACUUUUCAAACUGUGGCCACAUAUUAUGUCCGGGAUGCAAGAGAACAACACCUCCAACGGUGCCAAAACACCAUCCAGACAUAGCAUCGGCUCCUGGCAUGAUGACUGGAGUGAGGAAAUGAAACAACACGUUGACUAUGAGUAUCUGCGGCGGGGCCUCAGAGAACCUCUGGGUAAAGGCUCGACAGUCACAGUAAAUUACUCAGGCAACCCUUUGGUCGCCACCAGCAUUGAACUUACAGGAGUGACUCAUUCCAGUCAGCAUCAGCAGACAGAGCUGUGCGCAUCUGCAGCUGAAUCCAUCGCUAAAUCCAAGCACACCAUUUCCAAAAUCAUCCGGCAUAUGCAUCGCAUCGAGCACGACCUUUGCCUGACUCAGAGGGAGCUGAUCCGGGCUGCAGAUGAGGAAUCUCGCACCGUGAAUGCCACAGAGGCCAUCAACAAAAUGCUUGAGGACCUUCUGCUGCAGCGAAAAAAAAUCAAUGGACAAAUUGAUAAUGCAGUAGAUGCUGCGACUCGUCUUGAGCGCAUCAUUGCCUCAUUGUCAGAGCCCAAAGCAAAGGCAGUCCAUCAAAAAGCCAAAAUUUAAGAUUCAUUUUAAGUUUUUCAAGUGCCACUGCUGGCAGUUUAUAUGAGUUUGUAAUAACAGUUUAUUCGUCUUUCUCGGGCUGACGCAAAUGUAUUUUUUUUGAGAUAUUACCCGACUGCUUGUCAAAACAAUCCUUUGUAAUUUUUUUUUCAUAGUAAUUUUGUCUAAACAGCUUUUUCUAAUUUUCUACAAUUUCUUGACUAAAACGACAUCCCGUCUGAUGUAACAUCGAUUAUUUUGCAUUAAAAAUAUUUUUUGUAAACACAAUUUUCUUCACACCCUGUUUAAUUAAUAUUUAAACCGACAAUUUUUAAUUCAAUCGUGUCCGAAAAACUAUACGGCACACGAUUGUCAUCAAAACAAUAAAAUUUAUUACACUUUCACAGUUCUUAGCUCCUAUUAAGGCAUUACGUAAUUUUGUCAAGACACAAUCUUAAUUACUUUUACAGCAUUACCAUCAUUAGAAUAUCAACCCUCAACUAGCAACAAUCAAUCACUGAUUUAUUGUCACAUAACUAUUUCUUUUGCCACCUAAUUUGACCAUUACAGAUUCAAUUCAUCUCUAAUGACGCGAUUUCUAGCAUAAUGAUUUGGUUCAACACAAUUUUUUUAAAUAAUAGUCAUUGCUUCAACAAUUAAAAAGCAUUAUAAACGUUAAAAAAUAAUAAUAAAACACGCUAUUAUUUGCAAUCAAUUCACUGGUUUUUCCCCAAAUCUUACAGUCUAAACACAUCCCGCCCAAAUUCAAGCUUCGCGCGCGAUUUUGAUUGGUCCUAAAAAUAACGCUCCAUCCAUAAAGCCUCCACGCCCACACAGCACCACAGCAACACACAGCACCAGAACCGCAUGCCGCUAACAAACAGUUAAUCCAAUCGCAUCCGCCAGAACGACAAGAACUCCAUGUAAGUUAUUAUCAAAUUACGCUUUUCAAUAUGGAACAAACACAACUUAUAUUUGAUAUUGCAUUAACCCGCUACCACAUUUUGAUUUUACGCAGCACAACAUAGACAAAUUUCCACGCGCUUGCAUGUCCAUUAAAUAUUUUUUGUAUUAGACUAACCUUGUUUACGGGCUGAUUUACCCAUUUCCGCUUGAAUUGUCAAACUUAAUUUAUUCAAUACAUGUUUCCAUCAACCCGCCACACACAUACCAUUACAUAACAAACCAUUACUUUCACAAAUUGAACCACCCUAUUGCACAUAAUUAAUUUCCCCGCAACUAAAUUCAAUUAGUAAAUAAAAAAAUAUAACAACACAGACAAUCGACAAUUUCUCCGGCAAAUAUUAAUGUAAUUCAUCCCGCUUAAAAUUCAUAUCUGCAUUACAGAUAUUAACUGUCCUACAUCAUACGGGUUGUUUCAACAUGAGCAAAUCAGACGAAGACAUGAUUAACCUGGACAGCGACAGCGACAUGUCGACUGCCUCCACCCUAUGCUGCUGGGGUUGUUGCAACGCGCCAAGUUCGCCAACAGCAGCGGCCUCCGAACAGCUUUGUGAUGAGGACUGCAUCAAGCACUUCCAGGGAGGCACAACUG